CUCUCUGGCUAGCAAGGGCCCCAGAGUCCCGCAGCCAUGAGUUCCGCCGACCAGGAGAUGGCUGCUUUUGGGGAGGCUGCUCCUUACCUCCGAAAGUCUGAAAAGGAGCGCAUUGAGGCCCAGAAUAGGCCCUUUGAUGCCAAGACCUCUGUCUUCGUGGUGGAGCCCAAGGAGUCCUUUGUCAAAGGGACUAUCCAGAGCAGAGAGAGCGGGAAAGUGACCGUGAAGACUGAAGCGGGAGCGACUCUGACAGUGAAAGAUGACCAAGUGUACCCCAUGAACCCUCCCAAAUACGACAAGAUCGAGGACAUGGCCAUGAUGACCCACUUGCAUGAGCCCGCUGUGCUGUACAACCUCAAAGAGCGCUAUGCAGCCUGGAUGAUCUACACCUACUCGGGCCUCUUCUGUGUCACCGUCAACCCCUACAAGUGGCUGCCGGUGUAUAAUGCAGAGGUGGUGGCUGCCUACCGAGGCAAAAAGCGUCAGGAGGCCCCGCCCCACAUCUUCUCCAUCUCUGACAACGCCUAUCAGUUCAUGCUGACUGACCGAGAGAAUCAGUCAAUCUUGAUCACCGGAGAAUCUGGUGCAGGGAAGACUGUGAACACCAAGCGUGUCAUCCAGUACUUUGCAACAAUUGCAGUUACUGGGGAGAAGAAGAAGGAGGAAACUACUUCUGGCAAAAUGCAGGGGACACUGGAAGAUCAAAUCAUCAGUGCCAACCCGCUGCUGGAGGCCUUUGGCAAUGCCAAGACCGUGAGGAAUGACAACUCUUCUCGCUUUGGUAAAUUCAUCAGAAUCCACUUUAGUACCACAGGGAAACUGGCUUCUGCCGAUAUUGAAACAUAUCUUCUGGAGAAGUCCAGAGUUACUUUCCAGCUAAAGGCGGAAAGAAGUUAUCAUAUUUUUUAUCAGAUCAUGUCUAACAAGAAGCCAGAACUGAUUGGUAAGAACUAUCUUAAAUUUGUUAUAAAAAUACAUUAUGCAUGGGAAUGACAAUAGCAACCUACUGUAGGUUCUCUUAUGCCCUAAUCUUUAUCCUCUCAUUUCUCCCCGUAGAGUGCCAUUGACAUCCUGGGCUUCUCUGCUGAUGAAAGAGUUUCCAUCUAUAAGCUCACAGGGGCAGUAAUGCACUAUGGGAACAUGAAAUUCAAGCAAAAGCAGCGUGAGGAGCAAGCUGAGCCAGAUGGCACUGAAGUUGCUGACAAGGCAGCCUAUCUCCAGGGUCUGAACUCUGCUGAUCUGCUCAAAGCCCUUUGCUACCCCAGGGUCAAGGUCGGCAAUGAGUACGUCACCAAAGGCCAGACUGUAGAGCAGGUGACCAAUGCAGUGGGUGCUCUGGCCAAAGCCGUCUACGAGAAGAUGUUCCUGUGGAUGGUCACCCGCAUCAACCAGCAGCUGGACACCAAGCAGCCCAGGCAGUACUUCAUCGGGGUGUUGGACAUCGCUGGCUUUGAGAUCUUUGAUUUCAACAGCCUGGAGCAGCUGUGCAUCAACUUCACCAACGAGAAACUGCAACAGUUUUUCAACCACCACAUGUUCGUGCUGGAGCAGGAGGAGUACAAGAAGGAAGGCAUCGAGUGGACGUUCAUUGACUUCGGGAUGGACCUGGCUGCCUGCAUUGAGCUCAUUGAGAAGCCUAUGGGCAUCUUCUCCAUCCUGGAGGAGGAGUGCAUGUUCCCCAAGGCCACAGACACCUCCUUCAAGAACAAGCUGUAUGAGCAGCAUCUUGGCAAGUCCAACAACUUCCAGAAGCCCAAGGUUGUCAAAGGCAAGGUUGAGGCCCACUUCUCGCUGGUGCACUACGCGGGCACCGUGGACUACAACAUUACCGGCUGGCUUGACAAGAACAAGGACCCCCUGAAUGAGACCGUGGUCGGGCUGUACCAGAAGUCUUCACUGAAAACUUUAGCUUUCCUCUUCUCUGGGGCUCAAACUGCUGAAGCAGAGGCAGGUGGUGGUGGUGGCAAGAAAGGUGGUAAGAAGAAGGGCUCUUCUUUCCAGACGGUGUCUGCCCUUUUCAGAGAGAAUUUGAACAAGCUGAUGACCAACCUCAGGAGUACCCAUCCCCAUUUUGUGCGGUGUAUCAUCCCCAAUGAGACAAAAACUCCUGGGGCCAUGGAGCAUGAACUUGUGCUGCACCAGCUGAGGUGUAAUGGUGUGCUGGAAGGCAUCCGCAUCUGCAGGAAGGGAUUCCCAAGCAGAAUCAUUUACGCUGACUUCAAACAGAGAUACAAGGUAUUAAAUGCAAGUGCUAUCCCUGAAGGACAAUUCAUUGACAGCAAGAAGGCUUCUGAGAAGCUCCUUGCAUCCAUCGAUAUUGACCACACUCAGUAUAGAUUUGGUCACACCAAGGUCUUUUUCAAAGCUGGUCUUCUGGGGCUCCUAGAGGAGAUGCGAGAUGACAAGCUGGCCCAGCUGAUUACCCGAACCCAGGCCAGGUGCAGAGGGUUCUUGGCAAGAUACAACGUCCGCUCCUUCAUGAACGUCAAGCACUGGCCCUGGAUGAAGCUCUUCUUCAAGAUCAAGCCCCUCCUCAAGAGCGCGGAGACCGAGAAGGAGAUGGCCACCAUGAAGGAGGAGUUCCAGAAGACCAAGGAGGAGCUGGCCAGGUCGGAGGCGAAGAGGAAGGAGCUGGUGAAAAACCUCACAGAAGAGAUGGCAGGCCUGGACGAAACCAUAGCUAAGCUGACCAAGGAGAAGAAGGCCCUCCAAGAGGCCCACCAGCAGACGCUGGAUGACCUGCAGGCAGAAGAGGACAAAGUCAACACCCUGACCAAAUCUAAAAUCAAGCUAGAGCAGCAAGUGGAUGAUCUUGAAGGGUCCUUAGAGCAAGAAAAGAAACUUCGCAUGGACCUAGAAAGGGCUAAGAGGAAACUUGAAGGUGACCUCAAGUUGGCCCAAGAGUCCAUAAUGGACAUUGAAAAUGAAAAACAACAACUUGAUGAAAAGCUAAAAAAGAAAGAGUUUGAAAUGAGCAAUCUGCAAAGCAAGAUUGAAGAUGAACAGGCCCUCGGGAUGCAGCUGCAGAAGAAGAUCAAGGAGUUACAGGCCCGCAUUGAGGAGCUGGAGGAGGAAAUCGAGGCAGAGCGGGCCUCUCGGGCCAAAGCAGAGAAGCAGCGCUCGGACCUCUCCCGGGAACUGGAGGAGAUCAGCGAGCGGCUGGAGGAAGCUGGUGGGGCAACUUCAGCCCAGAUUGAGAUGAACAAGAAGCGGGAGGCUGAGUUCCAGAAAAUGCGCAGGGACCUGGAGGAGGCCACCCUGCAGCACGAAGCCACGGCGGCUGCUCUGAGGAAGAAGCACGCAGACAGUGUGGCUGAACUUGGGGAGCAGAUAGACAACCUGCAGAGGGUCAAGCAGAAGCUGGAGAAGGAGAAGAGCGAGAUGAAGAUGGAGAUUGAUGACCUCGCUAGUAACGUAGAAAUAGUCUCUAAAGCCAAGGGAAACCUAGAGAAAAUGUGCCGCACGCUAGAGGACCAAGUGAGUGAACUGAAAUCAAAGGAAGAAGAGCAUCAGCGGCUGAUCAAUGACCUGACCGCCCAGAGGGGCCGCUUGCAGACUGAAUCUGGUGAAUUUUCACGGCAGCUAGAUGAAAAAGAAGCGAUGGUGUCUCAGUUAUCAAGGGGCAAACAAGCAUAUACUCAACAAAUUGAGGAAUUAAAGAGGCAACUUGAAGAGGAGAUAAAAGCCAAGAACGCCCUGGCCCACGCCCUGCAGUCCUCCCGCCAUGACUGUGACCUGCUGCGGGAACAGUAUGAGGAGGAGCAGGAAUCCAAGGCCGAGCUGCAGAGGGCGCUGUCCAAGGCCAACAGCGAGGUUGCCCAGUGGAGGACCAAGUACGAGACGGACGCCAUCCAGCGCACGGAGGAGCUGGAGGAGGCCAAGAAGAAGCUGGCCCAGCGUCUGCAGGACGCCGAGGAACACGUAGAAGCUGUGAAUGCCAAGUGUGCCUCCCUUGAGAAGACCAAGCAGCGGCUCCAGAAUGAGGUGGAGGACCUCAUGCUUGAUGUGGAGAGAACUAACGCCGCCUGCGCAGCCCUGGACAAGAAGCAGAGGAACUUUGACAAGAUCCUGGCAGAAUGGAAACAGAAGUAUGAGGAAACCCAUGCUGAACUCGAGGCCUCCCAGAAGGAGGCCCGCUCUCUGGGCACUGAGCUGUUCAAGAUGAAGAACGCUUAUGAGGAAUCCCUGGAUCAGCUAGAAACGCUGAAACGGGAGAACAAAAACUUGCAGCAGGAGAUUUCUGACCUCACGGAGCAGAUUGCAGAAGGAGGGAAACGUAUCCAUGAACUUGAAAAAUUAAAGAAGCAAAUUGAACAAGAAAAGUCUGAACUACAGGCUGCUUUAGAGGAAGCAGAGGCAUCUCUUGAACAUGAAGAGGGAAAGAUCCUGCGCAUCCAGCUGGAGCUGAACCAAGUCAAGUCUGAAAUUGACAGGAAAAUUGCUGAAAAGGAUGAGGAGAUUGACCAGAUGAAGAGAAACCACAUUAGAGUGGUGGAGUCCAUGCAGAGCUCGCUGGAUGCUGAGAAUGAUGCCAUCAGGAUCAAGAAGAAGAAGGAGAGAGACCUUAAUGAAAUGGAAAUCCAGCUGAACCAUGCCAACCGCAUGUCUGCUGAGGCCCUGAAGAACUACAGGAACACACAAGGCAUUCUCAAGGACACCCAGCUACACCUGGAUGACGCUCUCCGGGGCCAGGAGGACCUGAAGGAGCAGCUGGCCAUGGUUGAGCGCAGAGCCAACCUACUGCAGGCUGAGAUUGAGGAGCUGAGGGCCACUCUGGAGCAGACGGAGAGGAGCAGGAAAGUCGCAGAACAGGAGCUGCUGGAUGCCAGUGAGCGUGUCCAGCUCCUGCACACCCAGGUGAGAUUCAGCACAAAGAAGUCGCCUUUAAUAAAUGUGUAUAUAUCCCAGAAAAUAUAAGCUUAAAUUUAUAUCUGACAGCCAGGUUUUAUAGACAUUGUCCAGGAAGCUCGCAACGCAGAAGAGAAGGCCAAGAAGGCCAUCACUGAUGCGGCCAUGAUGGCCGAGGAGCUGAAGAAGGAGCAGGACACCAGCGCCCACCUGGAGCGGAUGAAGAAGAACCUGGAGCAGACGGUGAAGGACCUGCAGCACCGUCUGGAUGAGGCUGAGCAGAUGGCCCUGAAGGGCGGGAAGAAGCAGAUCCAGAAACUGGAGGCCAGGGUGCGUGAGCUGGAAGGAGAGGUUGAGAGUGAGCAAAAGCGUAAUGUUGAAGCUGUCAAAGGUCUGCGCAAACAUGAGAGGAGAGUGAAGGAGCUCACUUACCAGACGGAAGAAGAUAGGAAAAAUAUUCUCAGGCUUCAGGAUUUGGUAGAUAAACUUCAGGCAAAGGUGAAAUCCUACAAGAGACAAGCCGAGGAAGCUGAGGAACAAUCCAAUACAAAUCUAUCUAAAUUCCGCAAGCUCCAGCACGAGCUGGAGGAGGCUGAGGAGCGGGCUGACAUAGCUGAGUCCCAGGUUAACAAGCUGCGGGUGAAGAGCCGCGAGGUUCACACAAAAAUCGUAAAUGAAGAGUGAUUGUGCCCUGAUGUUAUGGAGUGACUAAAGAGAAGCACAAAAUGUGAAACCUUUGGUCAUGUCUAUCUGUAAUUACUGUCUAUUCCACCCUAUGCAACGGAAAUAAAAGCAUAGGGUGCUUUGCAAACAA